CUUUUAUCGUGACGUCUCGAAUUCCUUCUCCGAUAUCCGAUAGUUUGAAGGGGACGACAGCUCCGUAUCGAAAGUAGCUUACGGAGAAAAAUCGACAUUUUUGAUCGCGUACAUUUCUAGCCUAAAUAAAUAUUGAUUUCUUUAUAAAUUCGUCAGCAAUAACUUUGUUCUGAACAGAAGAAUCCUUGCUUCUGAACAAUUUCGUGUAUCUAUUUUAAAUUUAUAUUAGAAACGAAAUAAGAAAAUUAUAUAUUUGUAUUUACAUUCAAGCGCCAAACUUUAAAAAAAUACUAUCUUAUACAUUGAAUUUGGCGUAUUGAAUUCGUUAUCGAUUAUUAAAAUGCGAUCAAUUUAAUUUCGAUUAUACAAUCGAUUAGUGUGACGUUCUGUAGCCAUCUUUAGUUUGAAUUUUGACUUAAGCAAGUGAAUCAGACGUGAAUAAAGUGAAAUAAAAAUUGAAAAAUAAUCGAAUAGAAACGAAUUAGUGAUUUAAGGAAUGAAUUAAUAGUAGUGUAUUGUUGUUUAGAUAAGAUAAUUCGAAUCGAUAUAUAAAUUAAAUCAGCUGCUUCUGGAUAAUUUUCUCAGAUCCGAAGACGAAUACAUUAAGCUUAAUAAUGGGAAGAAAACAUCUGUACUGAUCGUGUUCCAAACAUACAAUUAACUGGUACAAACAAUGGAUUACCUAUGGAUGAUUCCAAUGUUGCCACAGAAGUUGAUAGCAAAGUCAAAACGAAAUUAUUAUCUAUGUGGAAUAAUGUUAAAUAUGGUUGGACUAUUAAGGUAGUAAAACCAAAUUUCUCAAAAGAAUCUCCUGUAUGCUUGCUUGGUAAAAUUUAUCGUAAAAAACCAGAAGAAUUUUUAGAAAAGGCUUCUGAAGCAGAUAAAACUUUAGACACUGGAAGUGAGAUAUCUCUAGCAAUGGAUGCUAUUAGUUUUGAAGAUGGUAUAGAAGAAUUUAAAAAAGAUUUUACAUCGCGUCUUUGGUUAACAUAUAGAAGAGAAUUUCCUAUAUUAAAUGGUUCUACAUUCACUACUGAUUGUGGUUGGGGAUGUAUGUUACGUAGUGGCCAAAUGAUGUUGGCACAGGCAUUAGUCUGCCAUUUUCUUGGAAGAGAAUGGCGGUGGCAACCAGAUCAACCAAUAAAAACAGAACAACAAAAAUUAGAUGAAUAUAACCACAGGUUAAUAAUUAAAUCAUUUGGAGAUUUACCAGAGCGUACAUCUCCAUUUUCUAUACAUACACUUGUAUCUUUGGGUGCAUUGUGGGGAAAACGUGCAGGUGAUUGGUAUGGGCCAUCCUCUGUUGCUCAUCUUUUAAGCCAAGCAGUAGAGAAUGCAGCAGAACGACAUCCAGCAUUUAAUAACUUGGCUGUUUAUGUUGCUCAAGAUUGUGCAGUUUAUCUACAAGAUAUAGAAAAUGUAUGUCAAACACCUGAUGGCAAAUGGAAAUCUUUAAUACUUUUUGUACCUUUAAGGCUUGGUGCUGACAAAUUAAAUCCUGUUUAUACAUCUUGCUUAACACAUUUACUUACAUUAGACACCUGUAUUGGAGUUAUCGGUGGUCGACCUCGGCAUUCGCUUUAUUUUAUUGGUUUCCAGGAAGAUAAAUUAAUUAAUCUAGACCCACAUUAUUGUCAAGAAACUGUUGAUGUAUUAAAAGAUAAUUUCUCUUUAACAAGUUUUCAUUGUACUUCACCAAGAAAAAUGUUAAUUUCAAAAAUGGAUCCUAGUUGUUGUGUGGGAUUUUAUUUUCAUAAUAAAAUACAAUUUACAAAUUUUAUGGAAAUUGCUCCUUCGUAUUUGGUACCAGAAGAUGAAAAAAUCGACUAUCCAAUGUUUUUGUUUUGUGAAGGGAGUGGGAAAGAUCUCCAUCAAAAAAUCGAAAUUGCAGAAAAUAUAAUUCCUUCUACUACCUCUUUUACAGGUAAUGGAACGUACGAUGACGAUCUUGACGAAUGCGAAGAAUUUGAAUUAGUACAAUGAGAUAUUUAUCAUUGAAAAAAAAAAAGAAAAAGAUAUAUCACGUACUUAAUACAUUCAUGGAUAGUUUUUGGAGAAGAACAUUAAUGAUCAUCAUUAAUCAGAAUUCUCCGUUCAUUCGUCCAUAUAUGUACAAGGGUAAAAAACCAAUUGAUGACUUUAAUAGAUAGUAAUGUUGUAUCGUAUUAGACAGUUGAAUAUUAAUUUCUUAAUAUGAACUUUUGCCGCGAUAUGAUCUAUAGAUCUCAACAUGUUCGUUGAACGACUGAUAUGAAUUAAUAUAUCGAAUAUUUUCUAUUCGUGAUAAUGCAAAUUUAAAUUUGAAAUAAGCAUUAUCGUCGAUACAUUGUUCUGUGAUCAUAAUUUAAUGCGGCUUUUGUAUUCAAGUGUGUUGUUGCACAAUUUUUUUUAUCUUGUUUAUUGAUCUCAAAAGUUAUGCUUUUAAAUAAUCGUUAGAAUGUUAAUUUAGUAUAUGACCUAGAAUUAUCGCAAAAAGAUAUUUAUUAUUCCUUUUCAUUGAUGAUCGUGUCUAGAACUUGCGUAGAUCGUAAGUUGACGACUUUACUAUAAAGAGUAAUUUUUAUAAAAAUUUCUUAAUUCCUUACGGAAAUGUUCCUGAUAUAACUUAUUUUAUAACGCAGCAAUAUUAGAUUUCUUGCAAAAUGCAAUAUGAAUAAUAUUUUGUUUUGUCCUUGAGAUAAAAAUGUACGUAUAUGCAAGCAUGAGCGCGCAUUAUACAAUUCAACUACCUGUUGUUAUGUUAACUAUUUGUUGUUUAAGUUUAUGUUUAAGUUUCAAAUAAUUUAAACUUUUUUUUCAUAUUAUAUAAUUCUAAGUUAUUUAUUUAUUUAAUAUUUUUAUUUUUUGGCUUUGAAAAUUAUAUCGAACUUAUACUAAGUUCCAACUGCGUUUUACAUAACGUUUUAUGUUAUGAAAGAGAAACAUUAAUGUAAUUAACAACUAUAUAUAACAUUAAUUAAAAUAUUGUUAUUAUUAAAAGAUUGACUAAAUUUUCAAAUAAAAAGAAAAUGUGAGCAUGAUAUAUAAGCUAUAUUAUACUCAUAUUAAACUCUGUACACAACUAAAAAUUGUUAAAAUUCUUAUA